AUGGUAGAGCAACCCGCAAACGUGGAUGCCGCCGUGAAUACCCCAGUUGUGGUUGAUUCAAACGAUGAUGGAACAGUCGCCCAGGAACUGGAAUUAGAGCAUAUGAGGAGUACAUUGGAAGAGGCGAUUGUGGAAACGCGCAGUACGCCUCUCGAAAAUCGACCGCGACUUCCCCCGCAUAGCCCUAAGCAAGCGGAAUCGGGCUGUCGUGAGGGCUCUGAACCCAAUGCUGGCGCCAAGGUUUCCACGGCUGGACGCGCUACUGGCCAUAGUAGCGCUAUCCCAGCAUGGAGAAGAAGAAUUGAGGAACGUAUCGCAAAGGCUAGAGCUCUCAUCGGCAGACUGAUAUGCUUCAGAUCAGGCAACAACAGGCCAAGAAUUGUGCGCACCGUCAGGAUGGCGUUUGCUGGGACAAAUGUCAGUUUGUCCCAGCCGGAUAUAACGCAAAAACUGACGGAGCGCAUAGAUGAUCUGAAGCAGAGAAUCGCUGCUUGGGGAAAGCGGAUUCGGCGAUAUACCGAGAGGUCGACACGGUUCAACCAGAAUCGUCUCUUCCAGAGUGAUCAGAAGAGGCUCUAUGAAUCAUUGGAGCGACGAAUGGUAAGUGAAACGGGUCCAGCACCGAAUCAGGCCGACACUGUAGCAUUCUGGCGCGGCCUGUGGUCAGAGCCCGUAAACCACAGCGAGGGCCCUUGGACGGAAGUUGUGGCGAGUCAGUGUGCGGGUAUUACGCCCAUGGACCCCGUCAUCAUAACGCCGGAUGACGUAGCUGAGGCGGUCCGUAGGGCCCCGAACUGGAAAAGUCCGGGGCUUGACGGGCUGCAUCACUACUGGCUGAAGGGGUUCAUGUGUUCUUAUCAUUAUGAUAAGACCCAAGAAACAGAUCGUCUUGUCGUUUACUGCUGCCAUGGCGGACUUCGCGAAAUUCCAACAUAA